GCGGGCGCAAAGAAAUAAAUCUGUCAUACACUAGCUCGUUAAGACGAUAUUGGAUAUUGGAUAGAAGUGGUGUGGCGAUUUGGUUUUUACGUUACAAAGCUACUCUAAAUGGUAGGGCGAUACUAUUUUGUCAUAUGUGGACCACACGAUGAAGCUUUGUUUGAUUUCGACUACAACUCACCAAGCAAAGCAACUACUGGAAAGACAGACGACUGUCUUCAUUUAAACCAAUUUAUUGCACAUGCGGCGUUGGAUUUGGUGGAUGACCAUGUAUGGACUAAAACAGAUACUUAUUUGAAAGUCGUUGACAAGUUCAAUGAGUGGAUGGUUUCAGCGUUUGUGACACCUGGAAGACUCCGAUUCAUUUUACUUCAUGAUGAAUCAAAUGAAAACCGUAUUAAGUACUUUUUUCAAGACACAUAUGAAGCAUAUAUAAAGCUGGCAUUAAAUCCCUUUUUUGAACGUGAUAAACCAAUAACUUCUCCUAGCUUCACUAAACGGGUGCAACGAAUUGCUAAUAAACACUUCGGUUGAUGAAUUUAUUUUAUUUAAAGUAUGAACAUAACAGAUCUUUUCUAUAUUGUUUCUAGUUAACUUCUCUUAUCCUUUUACUUCUUAAUGAUGUAUUCACAUUGUAAUAUAUUACAGUUUCUCCUGAUAAUAAAUUGUUAUUUAGCUAGUG